CAGCUGCACUCACGCGCAGAAAAAAAGAUAACGCGAUCUAUCGAUCUUUUUUCUAAUAAAAAGACACCGCCGUCUUAAAGACAUCUUGGCUUAUAGUCGGUUUAAACCGACCCGUACUAACGAACGCGUCGCCUUCACCGAUUUUAUUCAAAUCACGAUAUUUAUGACUCCGUAAUUAAUUCAACAUGUCGUUAUAAUUAUGUUAAUACAAAUGGGUGAUGAUCAAUUUAAAUUAUACGUUCGAGACUUAAUUUUAUGUAAACAGACAUUUAUCAUGUGUGACGUUUACGGUGCUAUGUUUUUAAUCGUAUAAGCGUAUUCGGAAGUGGUUUUCUGACAAUUGUGUGUAUGCGGUAGUACGUGGUUGCGGCCGACGUUGAUCUUAAGAUCAUUGGCUAUCAUACCAUUAUGGAACGCCACCAGAAUGGUAUGGAUGUGUGGGUAGGACAAGGUCGAGUUAACCAACUGGGUGGUUUAUUCAUCAAUGGGCGACCUCUGCCCAAUCACAUCAGGCUGAAGAUUGUGGAGAUGGCUGCUGCGGGAGUGAGGCCUUGCGUAAUCUCACGCCAGCUGCGCGUCUCGCACGGAUGCGUCUCAAAAAUCCUCAACAGGUAUCAGGAGACAGGAUCUAUCAGACCAGGCGUCAUAGGCGGUUCUAAGCCAAGAGUAGCAACACCUGAAGUAGAAUCAAGAAUAGAAGACCUAAAGCGGCAAAACCCUGGAAUAUUCUCGUGGGAAAUACGAGAAAAACUCAUUAAGGAAGGAGUUUCAGACCCACCAAGCAUAUCCUCUAUUUCAAGGUUACUGCGAGGAGGAGCAAGAGAAUCAGAUGGAAAAAAGGACUACAGUAUCGAUGGCAUACUCGGAGGUCGCUGCUCCGACUCAUCGGACAUCGAAUCAGAACCAGGUCUAACCCUCAAACGGAAGCAGCGUCGGUCUCGUACCACUUUUACCGGCGAGCAGUUAGAUGCGCUGGAAAGAGCCUUCCAUAGAACCCAGUACCCUGACGUGUACACUAGAGAAGAACUGGCUUUGCAAACCGGCCUCACCGAAGCACGGAUACAAGUCUGGUUCUCAAACAGGCGAGCCCGGCUUAGAAAAAAUACGGGUUCCAAUUCAGCUCCGUCGCUCGCCAGCUACUCAACAUUACCAAUGCCGCAAAUACCCUGCCCAUAUCCCGCUGGAGAAAUACCUCUAUCUCAACAUCAUCCCCAACACCCCGAUGCGUGGCACCAUCAAAAAUAUGCAAACUAUAAUCAACUAAUGGCGCAGUCUCAGCAUCUUAAUCAAGCUUUUCAAAGUGCAGCGUUUCCAAGCACAUCAAGUUCUACUUUCAGUCAUUUAGUUUCAGGCGCUGGCGUAGCAUCUCAUAGUCAGCUCUUGGAUACCAAUGUUCCAAGAAAUGAUUACGCUCGAUACGCCACCAAUGAUGUUUAUAAUAAACCUAUCAACUAUAUGCCCAAAGAUGCUGAAGCUGACGAUAAAGUAGUUAAUGAUGAAGCUAUAGAGCAGAGGGAUGCUUACGUGAAAACUACUGGACCUGAAUACAAAGAGUUACCGAAUAGUGAUUAUUCAAAAGUUCCCACAGACUUUUCUAAACUGCCAGUAGACCCAACUCCACCUAAUUGGAGUCCAUCCCACAACUCUUUGAACAUGAGUCUAGCAGGAUUAUCUAGUGAUUAUAAAUAUAUGAGUGAUCCAUAUACAUUUCCUAAUAUAGCCUCUGAUCCUCUAAGUCAACAUAACUACACGAAUCCUGGUAACGCAGCCAACAAAUACUGGAUUUGACAAUUUAUAAAAGUUAAAUUAUAUAGCUCUUAUUUAUAAAACUAGUUGUGCUCUGUGGUUUAAACCGAUUGGAACCGGAACCGAAUUGGAAUGAAAAAGUAACUCUAUUAAAAUGAAAUAGGAAACAUAAUUUCAGCCUUUCCAUAAAACAGGUUAUCCAACCCAAUUUAGUUGUCGUUAGUUCCUCAGAUUCCAAACUCUUCAGCUUUAUAACCA